AUGGCUAUUGGUACAAAGCUAACUACUGCUUUCAAGUUAUGCCUUGCUCACUACUGUGACAUCCAUGGGCCAACCCCGUUGAUGGUCACCGAGGGACUCAGAAACCCAUGCUCUGUGUGUUUCGAGGAAGUCGAUCCCACAAGUGCAGCAACCAGCAAAGCGAAAUGGGACGUUCGAAAACGAUCCGGCGGUCCGACAUCCGCGCCGCAAUCUCAGUCUUCUGUUGCCUUAGGUGAUGGCUUUAGGGAUCUAGGUAUCGGACGCAGCGGUUCUGCACCGGCCUCGGAGCAUGAUGCUCACGCGCAGCGUGCUGCCUUGCGCCGCUCCGCAACAGCAUCCGGUGAUACAAACUGCAUAGUCAACUCUUCGGCACUCGAGACGCCGCCAGAAAGCCCACGUCCAGUGUUCCAGCAACCCCGCCGGGAAUCAAGCUUCAGGCGGACCUAUGAUGACACAGUCACCAAGAAGCAAGGCCCUUGUGAGAACUGUGCCAUGACGCUACCAAGGCGACAGGCCUCUGGCGCAGCCACAGAGGACUAUGCCACCGGGGCACAUGGCCCAACUCUACGCACCAAGGCUCCUGUCGAGAGGGUUUUUGGGGCCGCCGGACAGACUUCGCCACCUAACUCGCAGACGUCGAGUGACACAGAUGGUGAUCGCGAAACCAGUACACGGCGUGUGCGGUCGCGGCGGACAGCGCCAACAGCCAGUAGUUCUAGAAAUACGUCUUGUUCCAGCACAUCGACGUCAUCAGAGCGAACUCCAUAUCACUUCCACUACGUCAACUACACCUCUACCCAUGAACCCAUCCUGGCUGAUUCCUUCUCGUUGAUUCGUGCGUCAUGCCUACGCGCACUGUCGUUUGAGACCCUCCCCCGGCCUCCACCAACAUCUACACCAGCCUCAUCACCGCUGCUCAAUCCGUCACCUUCCUUUGUCACAACCCAGAGCCCCGGCUCCGCAGCAACAGGGGGGCCAAUUUUCUUUGGCGAUGCUCUGGCCGGUUUUACCACAGCAUACAUCUUCCGCAUUCCAGAUGUACAUGCCCGAGGACAUAAGCGAGUGUACGCCUUUUUAGCCCUCAGUACGCACAGGGAGAGAUUAGCGAUGAAGACGUUUGCUAUGAUCUCGGCAGCUUUCCGGGAUCUGGCCACCUGGAUCCAGCAGCUCGCCGAAGCUGAAGCGGAACGCACAACAGCCAACUCGUCACCUAUUGGCAGUGUCAUGUACGGGGGUGGAGCUCAACCACAGCAGCCCCAAGCUUCCUUUGCUUUCGAUCCUCCUCCUGCCGCAGUCGACCGGUCUGGCAGCAGCUUCUUGACUGGCGGAAGUGCCUUCACAAGACGUAUGGGUGGCGGUCCGGGAGCUUCAUCACUAAAGGCUCGGGGACUGGCGGAGCUUGUUGGACAGGCCGAUUUCUUCAUUGAGCUCCAUGGCAAGUUUGUGCAACUCCUCUUCGAGAUUGGGGUCGCGUUGAAUUCUUAA